UUGGCGGACCUAACGGGCAGCUCGAGAGCGGCCCCACGCUUCCGUCUUCUCCCCGCCUGGCAGCCCCUGGUUAGUUCUCUCGGUAAGCUCCACGCCCGGCGCAGGUUAAGAAGGAGGCACCAUGGAGAUAACCCCACCACGACCUGUCACCCACCUCAUCUUUGACAUGGAUGGACUACUUCUGGACACUGAGCAGCUGUACUCGGUGGUAUUUCAGGAGCUGUGUGGUCGCUAUGGGAAGAUGUACAGCUGGGACGUCAAGUCCCUGGUGAUGGGGAAGAAGGCUCCAGAAGCCGCACAGAUCAUUAUCGACGUCCUGCAGCUGCCCAUGUCUAAGGAGGAACUGGUGGAGGAGAGCCAGGCCAAGCUGGCAGACCUGUUCCCCACGGCUGCCCUCAUGCCAGGGGCUGAGAAACUGAUCCAACAUCUCCGAAAGCAUAGCAUCCCCUUUGCCUUGGCCACCAGCUCAGGCUCUGUAUCCUUUGAAAUGAAGACCAGCAGGCACAAGGAAUUCUUCGGGUUGUUCAACCACAUUGUGCUGGGAGAUGAUCCUGAGGUCAACAGCGGGAAGCCAUCCCCAGACAUAUUCCUUUCCUGUGCACGGAGGUUCAAUCCCACUCCUUCCCCAGACAUGUGCCUUGUCUUUGAAGAUGCUCCUAAUGGAGUGGAGGCAGCUCUGGCAGCUGGGAUGCAGGUUGUCAUGGUUCCGGAUGAAAACCUGAGUCAAGACUUAACAAGAAAGGCCACAGUGGUGCUGCAUUCCCUGGAGGACUUCAAGCCUGAGCUGUUUGGUCUGCCUGCUUAUGAGUGACAGGGGCAGCCCUGGUGCUGCCAUGGGCUGUGUGGCAUCUCUGGGGGGUCAUGUGGCUUCAUUGGAACCACAUGGUAUACUACGUGGGGCGGGGGGGGGGGUCUUGUUCAGGAUCCAUGCCUCUGAAAAGAAAAGGGAAGGCAAUGUAUGGUACCAGAUUGAGUCUGCUUACACACUGCAGUCUUAUGAAUAUGGCCAACCCCAUCUCUCUCUGGAGUAUGAUUGGGUCAUCAGAUAACAAACAGAGACAUCCAGGACACAGCUUGAGUACAGUCAUAUAAUAAAAUGAUUUCUAUGAAGGGAUUGCACAUGCACAUACAAACACACAGCAUUGUGUGACUAUAUAUGUGCCAAUAUAUAUCCAUACAUAUAUUAGUAUAUAUGUAAAUGCGUAAUGUUCCAAAGUGAAAUCUUAUUUGUGUUUGUUUCCUUAUAAUCAUUGUGAAUGAUGGCAUUUGGGAAUUGUAAACUCCAUACACAUAUGUAUAUGCCAUUAUAUAUAUACAUGUGUUUGUAUAGAUCCUGUGUGUGUGUGUGUGUGUGUGUGUGUGUGUGUGUAAUAGAUCAUGUGUAUGAUAAAACACUCCAUUGCCUUCAGGGUAGACAUUAAUGUUGCAAUACCAACUGAUGGAUAAGUCCACUCUCUUUCCCCUUCUGACCUUAAUGGCAGAUUAGCCUCAUAAUGGGUGAACAUCAAGAAAUAUCCUUUCUCUCCAGCUUUACCAUCAUCAGAGAUACCUCUCUGGCCUAGGAUUCCAUGUCUGACUGAGCUCCAUUUCUAGGAGAUCCCUGUGUCUCUGCAUGCAUAUGCAUAUCUUUUAUCUACUCCCUCAUCUAUGUUGGGGUGUUUUCUACCUCAAGGGAAAAAAUAGAAUUUGAUAUUUCUUGAUGUAACAACUUUAUUUCAACAUUGCUGAUUACAUGUCUAGUCUGCUGUUCAUUCCUCUUCAAAACAAUUCUGAUAUCUUGUUAGCACCCUCACAGUGAUGACUCAGUUGUGUAAUAUUUUAAUAGGAGUCAUGAUUUUACCUUUAAAUAAAAUAUCCUCCAACCAUCAUAAAA